UUUCUUUUACCCCAGCCUUGCUCAAUUUUGUUUCCUCUCCUUUAAUCUCGCCAUUUGCUGUCGUGUUUCUCUGUGUUAAAAGGGUCUUAAAGUUUUGCAACAAUGAACAAAGGAACGGGAGUGGGAAUCGGGCCCACAGCGGCGGCUGCAGCGGCUGCGGCACAGAAGCAAAAAACUAUGAUGCAUAGAGUGGAUACCGACAUCGCCAGCAUCGUCGAUAACUUCACUCAGCUUGUUAAUGUUGCCCGGGUAAAUGACCCACCAGUUAGAAAUUCACAAGAAACUUUCAUGAUGGAAAUGCGUGCAGCCAGAAUGAGUAGCAUUAAAUGAUUUAUUGCCGGGAAGGAAACCAUUGGAAGGAAGGAUGGAUUUUCUUGCAAAGUUAAUUAAUUUUUUUCUUGAGAAAGUAGAGAGGGAAGCUGAAUUUUCUUGGGAAAAUAGAGAGAGAGAAUUCAUAAAAUGGCAAGGCUUUGGAUAUGGGAUUUGAAGAAUAAUAAGAAGCUGCAAGAAGAAGAAAAGAAGCUGCCACGAAGAAGAAGCUGCAAGAAAAGGAAGAAAAGAAGCUGCCACGUCUGAGAUUUAACGGCAGUUAAGUGCCACGUCAGAAAAAAACUAAUGGGAGGUAACGACAGGGACCUUAUUGAAAACGAACUAAAAGCUCGAUUAUUGUAUUGCAAGUUUCAAAAGUUGGGUGACCAAAAUGCAAGCAUCCUCGGACUAUUUAUAUGCUUUACCCUAAUU